ACAAGUGGUCUACUAACACCUUCAUUCUGUGUUUUUACUUGCAAUCCGUGACAUCUGAAACACAUACACGACAGCUAAUCUAAUCUAAUCUCGCCAUGAACGUAUUACGAUUACAACGACUACAUUACCCGAAAACCUUCACGGCAAAAAGCAGGGCUGCGUCAUUAACCGCUCAGCCAAUCAUCUUCAUUUAUACACAGACGCUUGAAAGAGGGAAAUUCGUCUGAGUGUUUCGUUCCGGAAUAGCCACGAUUUUAAAGUAAUAUAAGGAGUAAUUGAUGAAUCUAGCUGACGGUAACCACAUGAGGACGUUCUUUAAGCGUUUCUUCAUUUCAUUCACACGAGCUCUCCCUGACCCUGAUAAAGCGGAACCAUGUCUCAGCCACCACAGUCCGAGGUGCAGGAGUUGCAUAUCUGGCUGGAGAGGACCGUGAAUUGGAGUCGGUCCGACAGUCGAGAUGCUUUAAGAGAUACCUGCAGAUUUUUAAAUCCACUAAGAGACUUCCUUCAGCAACUUCUUGUGCAAAUCAAUAGUACGAGUUCCACAGCUGAGAUCACAACAAGGCUUCCAGUUUUGGGACAGCUUCUGGGACAACUGUGCCAGAACCAUUUGGUGAUUGCUAAUGAUACGUGUAGAAAGCUGGUAUUUAACUGUCUGUGGGGUCUUUACUCUGAUAAUCCCAGCAAUCCUCUGGAAACUGAAACCAACCUCUGGAUUCGGAAAGUGUUGUCUCAACUUGUGAUGGAGGAAGAGGAUGUUGAACAGCGAACACUAGUGACACGCAUGAAUGUUUCACCGCUGCAUUACCAUCACAAAGUGCACAAAAAGAUGGUUGCUCAGUUGUUAGAGGUUAUUGAAAAAAGGUGCAGCUCGUAUGACGGAGCGCAACGAUGUUCCUGUGAGAGCAGCCUGGCUGUGUCUGAAGCUUGCGUCCCUUUGGUGAGUUUCCCUGAAACAGCUCCUCUGAUCGGUGCGCUGCUGAAGCGACCUCUCACCUGCGCCAAUGCAGGACUCAGUGAAGACUUCCUGAAAGCUGUCAGCGCUGCCUAUUUGAGCCACAGUGUGUCUUUAGAUGAGCAAGCCUUAAUCUCUCUGUGGCGUCAGUGGCUGCCCAGUCUGGAAGAUGCUGCGCUGAGUCUGCUAGAAUCUGCUCUCACCCACAGUGAACCAACACCACAGAAGCUAGAGCAGCAAGUUUUGCAGUCUGUGCUGCCACAAGCCUGCGCACGCCAUUGUUCCAUAUUCCUGGUGGUGAAUGACAUCCUCCGGUCCAUCCUGAUGAAGCGGGAAGAGAACGGCCGUGUGAGACGUUUCAUCCAAACGUUCACUUGCUGUUUCUUGAGGGAGCUGACUGUGCUGCAGCCACAGAUGAGUGUUUCGUUGAAGGCCUUCUUUCCACAAGCUCCACCGAAUCUUCUGCUUCCUCUCCUGACCCUGCCGUCAGAGGUGCCCCAGGAGGCUUGGAGACUUCACCUAAACUGGCUCAGCGGCUCAUUACGGAGCCUGACGGAGCAGGAAGAGGAGGCAGACGGUGACAGCGGCAGCAGGGGACACCGCACCAUAUUUGAGGUCUGGUUUCUUCUCGUCCAGUGCGCCGGCUGGGUGCAGGUCGCCACACAGCUCUUGGUGACUUGUGAAGCUGAGCACAGCGGCGGCCUGCUGUGGCUGUUGACCUUUUAUCACCACCCUACCAACAGGGGUCAUUGCAGGACAGAGCAGCUGGUACAUGCUGCAGAAGCAUGGGAGCGAUCGCGCCUCCUGCUCUCCUUCUCAGCAUGUCCUCCGUCUGGCCAGCAACUCCAGUAUUUUGUCGCCCGUCUGUCACCUCACAGUCAGCAGCCAGCACUUUCUCCGGUAUUGAUCCUCGACCUCUUAGUCAACACGGCCGUGUUCUCCCAGCCCAGUGGGUCCACAGAUAAUUUCAAGAUGGUGGUGGAGCGCUGCGGUUUGGUCAGCGAGGCAGCUCGUGCCCUCGAGUCACUGGAGCAGCGGUUCACAGGAAGAAGCAGCUUGUCUUGUGAUGCCAACGGAGCUCAUCUCAGGAUCAAGGCGCUCCAGAAGGCUCUGCCACAGUCACACGCCGCCAUGUGAGGCAGGCGGCGGCGGCGCAGACAGUGUCCCAAUGUUCACUUGUGUCCUGUCGACUAACAUCACCAAAGGCAGACCUGACACCAGUGCUGACCCAGUAUGGUUUUUCUCAUCUACCACCCUGAUGUUUGUUGUUUGGCAAAAGCAAGUGGAUCAAAUCUGAGUUAAAAAAAAAAAAAGGUAUCCCAUCGCUUGGUUGACUCAGCAAAAUAUGAUCCAAUAUGCAAGAACAAACACCGUCCUUUUCUGAGUCGUUCUGUCCACAAAUACGGACGUCACUUUGUUUGGAGAGACUCUCCAAGAUAAAAGGACAUCGCAACAGUCAUAAAGCUUUUCUGAAAAACAGCAGUCAGAAGUGUGGGAAUAUUUUUCCUGCUGUUAAUGCAGCCAAGGAUUUAGUCGCCUCACAGA